GAUUAGAUGGUACCAAUCAACAUGCCACAGCAAAACACUGAAGUAAUUUUCAAUUGUUGAGAACGUCACAAACAACAAGCUGGAUCUGUUAUAACAACCAGAAGUUUGAAAGAAAGUAAGAAAAGGUAAACGGGAUCGCGAUUCGUGUCCUUGCCAUCAUGCCUGGUCCGGGACAAGUUCAGGGAAUGAGCGCAGUCUGUAACGUGUAUGAUCAAGUGGAAGAACUCCGGGGAAAACUUCAUUUAAAAGAUCGUGAUUUCAAAGCAUUCUACGAAUGCUCACAGAGAGAGAAACAUGUUAAUGAUCACAAAAUCAUCAACCUUAGACAAAGAAAUCGGGAACAAUGGAAGGCACUCGCUAAAAGAUCCAACGGCGAUGAAACCGUCAUCAAAACAGCGUUUGAAACUAAACGAGAUGAACGACUCUCAAUGCAACGUUACACUGCAUCUGAAGCCAUUGUGAAUAUGGACCAGAAGGUAUGUGAGGCGGUGAAGAUGUUGAACAGUAUGAGACAUGAACGAAUGGAACGGGAACAACGCAUUAACGAUCUUCAAACAACUCUGGAAAGGAUGGAGUCACUUUCAUCUCCGAAUAAUAGCGAGACAGAUGAUGAUCAGAUUGUGCGUCGUUUGGAAAAUUGCUUAGACAAGGCACAGAUGAAGUUUGAUACUGCGUUUAACAUCGGUUCCCGCUACGAAGAUAUCCAUCAAACAUUGAAGAAUGAGAGUUUGCAGUAUUCUGGUAAACUAGAAGCGAUGGAGAAAGCUCUCAUCCACCAGAGAGAGGAAUUGAAGGAACUGAGAAAGAUGAAAGCGGAGGCACUGCAAGCCAGAGAACAAGCAAAGAAAGAGAUGUCGAAGUUUGAACAAGAGACCUACGAGGCCAGCAGGCAACGUCAUCAGCAGCUUCAAACCACACGGAAGGAAGUUGACCAACGUAAAGAGAUGGCUGAAAAGGUUGAAAGACGUGCAAACAGAGCCACCAUGAUCGUAGACCACCAACAGGAUCAAAAGACUUCACAAAUGAAGCAACAGAAGCAAAAACAUCAGAGACAGAUCCUGACAUAUGAGCAUGCAUUCGAUCGAAUCAAACAAGCAACGGGCGUGACGGACAUUGAUGACGUAGUCGCACGUGUGAUGACUCAACGGGACACGCAUGUGCAUUUGACAAAGCAAAAAACCGAGAAAGAACAACAGAGGAGUCGACUCGUUGAGAUGAAAGCCAAAUUACAAAAAGAAUAUCAUGAUAUGAAGUUUAGUGGAGAGAACAAGCUUUCUAAGAGCCAACAAAAACUCGAGACAGCGCAAGAAGAACUGAGGAAGCUGGAACUAAAGAAUGAAAAGAGCAGGGACAAGCUGGAGAGAGUUGGAACUGUCCUCGUUAAAGUAAAGACGGGUAUGAAAUCUUUAGAGGACAAACUUCGUGAGGUUCACAUUCUACCACCUGAUCGCAACUACAGUAUAAGUGGUGAUGUCACCGAGACCACGAGCAUUUGUUGUAAGAAGGUUGACCGACUGAUGGACUCCAUGACGCCUGGCCGCACACCCAGUAAAAUCACGUCAGAACUCGCCUCUGAUGAAUUCCAUGAAUUCCUUGCUGAAAGAUUACCAACUGAGAAUAUCCGUAUACAGGUGCAAGAGCAUACUGACGCUAAUAUCUCAGAGUUUGAUUUUGAUAGUGCCGAGGAGAAUGAAGACUCCUUUACUAGAGAUGACAUUAAAAAGAAUGGACAGAGGUUAUUGGACUCGAAGUUGAAGCCAAAGAAGAAACGCGGCAAGAGAAAGUAGUACUUUUGCUACACGAUGAAAUUCAAUUUAUGAACACUUUGAUGAAAUUAUGAACUUAAUCCACAUUUACAAUCGUGCUUUUAUUUUUAAAAACUAUUUGAGCAAAUACAUUUUUACAAUAUUGAACCGGAUCAGUUCUGAUGCGUAUAACUAACUUAAGUCCAAAUCAAUAGUCUUUGUCAACAUCACAGUGCAAAUUAAAUGCUAUUGCAUUACGGGUUUUCCAUAUCAUAUUAAUUUUUGAUUAUCACACUUAUUGAUUGGUUUAUUGUCUCACAGACAGCUUUUUGUGCGUUUUCCGUUGACAUGAUAUAAGUAGACAUGAACAGUUGAUGCGCUUGUAGGCUGUAAAACUGUUAAACUUGUGAAAAUAUCAUUCUGUUCCUUAACUAGAGGCAUUAUAA